AUGCUCGUUCGUCUCUUCUACGUCGUCUUCGCCGCUGCGACGGCUACUACUGUCCUCUGUAGUGGGCCUCCGUCCUUUGUUGACAUCCCUUCUCACGUCCGUGAGAAGUUUGCUCGCGACAACGUCCUCAAACCAGAUGUGGAACUCCCGAUGUUCAAGACGAGCGCCGGCUUCCUAUUGUGCGAUGGUCGCUUGGUGGACAUGGAAGGCCUUGAGCCUUCCAAUGUUUUUUCUGGUACGACCUGUAUGAUGGAGGACGAACAAGUCCCUUGCCCUGGCAGCCUUGUGUGGAAGAAGGUCGACGACGACGCGACGGUUGUGGCCUCGAUGCAUCCUCCUCCCAACGACGACCAAAUCGAAUCUGUACAAAUCGUCAGCGCUGCGUGUGGAACCGAAUUCUUCAAGGAGAUCGCUCCAGGCUUGAUGACAAAGAUCACCAGCGAUGCGUACGACGAGGAAGCUCUUUCGACCUUCAUCUACGGGACCGACGACCAGAGCACUCGUCGGCUUCGAGCGACGACGGCCGUUUCGGAUGACGGUCGUCAACUCCAGAGUGGCUGCUCCACUACGAAGAUCAUCGAACUUGCCUUGGCUUUCGACUCGUCUUUUUGUGCGAACAAAGGUGGCUUUGACAAUGCGAUGGCGUCUCUCGCAACCACGGUGGAAGGUGUGUCGGCACUCUACGAAGGCACGACUUGCUUCACCAUCGACCUUGUCUAUGUGGAAGGUUUCUGCUCCCCCGAUACGGAUCCAUAUAAACCAUUCGUUGACUUGAACCAGUCUGGCUGCGGCAACUCGGGAUUGUUGGACAUGUUCCAGGCGUUUUGGAACAACAAUCGUCAGUCAGUGCAACGCGAUCUUGCGCACUUUAUCGGAGGAACUGGGUUGGAAUGUAGCGACAACGGAUGCGUCGUCGGUUGUGCCUAUGUCGGAGUGCUCUGCAACAAUCUCGGUGCAAGCUAUGGUGUCAACUACUUGACUUUCAGUGGCAAUGGUGCCCUUCAAAACAGUUUGUUGGCGCAUGAAAUGGGCCACAAUUGCGGGAGCAACCACGACCCAACCACAAGCGACAAAGCUUAUGUGAUGGAGCCUUUUGUGAACUCUGGCGCGGAUGGCUUUUCGAGCCAGUCUCAGACAUCUUUCAUGGGCCAGAACCAGGCCUGUCUCACAGAAGCAAGUCCUCCACCAGCACCAACACCUCUCCCGACAGUCUCUACACCCGGGCCAACUCCUCUCCCGACAGUCUCUACACCCGGGCCAACUCCUCUCCCGACAACGGCAGCUCCAACACCCGAUCCAACUCCUGUCCCGACUACUGCAGCUCCGGCACCCGAGCCGACUCCUGUCCCCACGACAGCAGCUCCGACACCCCAGCCGACUCCCGUCCCGACAACGGCAGCUCCAACACCCCAGCCAACGCCUGUCCCCACAACAGCAGCUCCAACAGCAGCUCCAGUCUCUACACCAGAGCCAACUCCAGGACCAACCCCCGGACCUACAGCAAAUCCGACUCCAAUGCCUACCUCUAGCCCAACUCCAGGUCCCACAUUUGCUCCAGUUACGCCGAGCCCGACUUCAUCUUGCGGUUCUUUUGGAGAGCUGUGCAAUGUUGACGCCGACUGUUGCUCCAAUAAAUGUCGCGGUUCUAGUUCCCGAAGCACCUGCAAGAAUAAUUGA